AUGAAACGUAAUCAAAGAUCAUCUGAUUUGGGAUUGUAUAAAGACAUAACAGUCAACCAGAAGAAGUGCCUUUUGAUCGUUUGUGCUUGUGUUAUUGUUGGAUCUGCUCUAAUUUUAACGGUUGCAUAUAUACUAUUAUUUUUGAGUGAACCAUUCGAUGUUUCAACAACAGAUGCACAAACUGUUAUCGUAGAAUCGAUAAAAGAACCUGGAAGACCGUUUGAAGUGAACGUAGUAGGAGCACCACCUCAAGAGUUCACCACGGUUACACCAACUUCCCCUCCUACCACGAAGAAAAGUAGACAAAUAUCCCCCCGAAUAAAUUAUUAUAAACAGCAUCAAUAUCCGAGAAAUAUCAAAGAAAUAAUAUCUUACUUACCGAACAAACCUACGAAACCCGAGAAUGGAAUCAGCUAUUUAAUUGGUGAAGAAGAAUCGAAGUCUGCCAGUACAAAUUUCGUUUCCUAUGCUUCACCUGGUCAACUUUAUUCUUUCAAACCACGUGAUAUCAGCGAAGUUAAUCUGUUAGCUAAUGACCAUGUUAGAUUUUCGCCACCUGCUUGGAAGGACUUUCAAAAAUUUAACAAACUUCCCAUACCGAUACAUCAAUAUUACAUAAAUAAUUCUGAUAGGGAAACAGUUACGAGAGUACCUAAGUUGAUGAAAAAUGGCUACCAAUCACAAUUCAUCAACUAUCCUAAUUUAAAUCCUGCAUUUGAUCGGUAUGUUCCAAAUGUUGACAAUCAAGCAAGACCAGAAUCUGGAGAUAUUGUAGCUACAGUGCGGAAACCUUUAUUGGUCAACAUAAACAUUGCUCCAAUGACAGAUAAUGAUAGGUAUUCAAAGAAUCCAUAUGAGCCUUAUACAGACGAAUCCAUGAAUUUACAGUUAAAAGUUUACCCAGAUAUGGCUUUAUUCCCGGAAUACCGCAAAGGGAAUCCCCAAAAGCAGAAUUUUGUCCCUUACAAAUAAUUGUUGAAUAAAGUAUUUAAAUAAUCAUUAGUUUUAAUUUAUCUGCUUGCUUAAGUGAAGUGCUAUUCUCAACUUGAAGAUGUUAGAGCUAACCAAUUUUCUUAUUAUGUUGAUUUCUGGAAGAAACACGCAUUCCAACAAAC